UGCUGUCUGCCCACCAGCACCGUCUCAGUUGGCAGUCCCCUCUGCGACAUGAAGCCAUCCCUCUCUCUGUUCGUCAGCCUUCUCCUCGUGACCCUGAUGUUGCCAGGACUAUCCAGAGCCGGAAAUGUCAACCACCAAGGCACUGAGGGUCUGAGAGGACCGAGACAAUCCAGGGAAGAGUCUUCUGCACAAGGCAAAAACGGGUCUCCCUUGCUACACCACCAAGAAAAACGCUACCUCUUACCACGGACUCCCCCUUACCCGGAACCCGAACCGGAUUUCAAAGUUGUCGACUGCAAGAAAAGUGAAGGCUAUUGUCAAGAAUAUUGUAAUUAUAUGGAAACACAAGUAGGCUACUGCUUUAAAAAAAAAUAUGUCUGCUGUUUGCAUCAGAACUGAGGUUGUUGACAUAGAAGCCAAAGCUUGGUCCACCUGCCUGCUCUCCAGGGGUCAUAGCACCGACCCAGACACAGGUGUUUUUGGAGAAGAGGCUGAGGAUGGAGUUGCUGGGGUGCUAUCAUUUGAUCUGGACAGUCUGGACAUUCUGUAGUAGCAAAAGAAAAGAAAACCAGCUCUACCUGACCAUAGAGAAAGUGACUUAGCCUGAGAUGGACAGAAUCUUAAAAAAUCACACAGCUUUUAAUGUAAUAAAC